CCUAUAUAAGAGGCGACAGCCAUAUUUUCAUAGGUAUUAAACUGGGAGAGGUCGGCCCAUUAUAAGGCCGUGAUACUUGACAUCAGAACUGGACGUCGAAUAGCCAUUGUAUUCAACAGAACAUGCAGGCCAUCAAAUGUGUAGUAGUGGGAGACGGAGCUGUUGGUAAAACAUGUCUCCUGAUCAGUUACACGACAAAUGCCUUUCCAGGAGAGUAUAUCCCCACAGUAUUUGACAACUAUUCUGCAAAUGUUAUGGUGGAUGGGAAACCAAUCAACUUAGGACUCUGGGAUACAGCAGGACAGGAAGACUAUGACAGACUACGACCAUUGUCUUACCCUCAGACUGAUGUGUUCCUGAUCUGUUUCUCACUUAUAAGUCCAGCAAGUUUUGAAAAUGUCCGAGCAAAGUGGUAUCCUGAAGUCAGUCAUCACUGUCCAAACACACCUAUCAUCCUGGUCGGAACAAAGCUUGAUUUGAGAGAAGAUAAGGAGACAAUUGAAAAGCUGAAGGAGAAGAAGCUGUCCCCAAUUACUUACCCUCAGGGCUUGGCCAUGGCCAAGGAGAUCAGUGCUGUCAAGUACCUUGAAUGCUCAGCUCUCACCCAGAAAGGCCUCAAAACAGUAUUUGAUGAGGCAAUCCGAGCGGUCUUAUGUCCAAAACCGAAGCCGAAAAACAAAAAGAAAUGUAUACUCCUUUAAUCACAUAAACAUUUAUUUCAAAGAAUUAUAAGGGAGGGAUAUCAAAAGAAAGACUUGAAAUCAGUGGAAGACAAGAGUGAAACUUGAUUGUUUCAUACUGUGCUUAUUGAAUAGAUACAAUUAUAAAUAAGCCAAAAGAUGUUUUGGUUACAUGGAUGAGCAAAAUUAGAAAAUUAUCAAUAAAUUUGCACCAUGUGGUAAAAUCUGUAUAAAUCCUUUAUCAGUUAUAAAGAUAUAAUCACAAGUAUGAGACAUAUUAUAUGCAGCAUUGUAUGCAAUGAAAGUUAACUUGCCUUGGUAGGAUUUGUAGGAUGUUAAUGGUGAAUGGAGCACUCUCUUGUUGUAGGAUAAACAUACCAGCGGUUUACUGUUGUACAUGUUGUGGGUCUGCAAACAAUGUUAAAGUGUCCUUGUGUCCUGGCUGUAAGCUCAGCUUUCAUAUGUGUGCUGCUACUUUUGUUUAGGUAAUACAUUUGCUCAUGAUAUUCUUUUGAAAUUUUUAUCUUUUUAAUGAGAGUCCUGCUUAUUCCAAAGUGUAUGUAUAUACUUUCUGGUUGGCUGGUUAAUAUUUCCUUCCAUGCUAUUUCAUAGAUGUAGAGUGUACUAAAUAUGUUGUUGUUCUUUUGAUGUCUACAUCUGAAAAUUGGGACGGUAGCUUCAUAUUUUGUAUUUUAGCACAGACAAUUUUAUUGGUACACAUUGAGACUAUUAAGUAUAUUGAUUGUACUAGUAAACUUGUUUAAUUACAUGGUAUCAUUCAAAAGUGAAAAAAGAAAAUAUUGAGGAGAACAAUUCCUGGCUUUAGAAGCAGGAAUCUUGCUUUUUAUAAAAUAAUUUUUGACUGUGGCAUUGUUUUUGUACAUGGUUAAAUGGGUAGCAUUACUUUUGUACUUACCUAUAAACAAAGCUUCUGUUGUGCUUCAUUAUCGUUGUGGCGAUAGAUAGAUAAUUCUCUUUAGGAUUUCAUGGUUAUCUCCCUUACUGUACAUAUUUCGUUAGUGUGUGAAGCGAUGUCCAAGACCUGCCUAACAUCCAACACUUUUGCUUUGAUGUUGUAAACACAAUCGUGUGAAUUAAGUGAUUUCGCCACAUAUUCAUACUUAUUUUGAUUCCAUUUAAUUCAUCUAACAGAUGUUUUAGACCUAUAGAUAGACUGUUAUGUUUCACUUUGUAAAUAAAAUUUUACUUUUUAAAAAUUUUCGUCCUAUAAAAUCUCUUGCAUCUCUUACAUUAUAUAUAUGAAUAAACUUUUAUUAGAUUAUCAAAGUACAUGGCAUGUACUACUAUAUUUACAUUGUGCAUGUUGAAAUGUGGUGAAAAUGUUAUAGAUGAGUAUUGAACAGUAUACAUAUAUAUGAAUGUGGUCAGAAUGAUUAUAUUUUCAAAUUACUUGUCCAGCUAUGAAAGGUCAACAAAAUCAUGUGAUCACUAAAAAGUAAUAUCACCGAACACAUUGUAUGUUUGAUGUCGAAAAAGCUGCAUUAAACGGUCCCACUGUUUUUUUUUUUUUUUUUUUGGCAUGGUAAAAAUUUUGUUUAAACACAUUUUAUUCUCUUUCAUUUCAUUUAAUUUUCUUUAUCAAGAAAACAGAUUGAAAGUUUCUCUUAAAAUAUAUAUUUAGUUUAUAUGUUGACAAAUUUUUGUUUAAAUCUUGGAAUUAUCCUUUGAAUUUCUGCUACAAACUUUGAUGGUAACAAUAGAAGGCUCUGUAAACCGACCCAGAAGGGCAGCCUGCAUCAUCAUGGCCACUUGAAAUCUUUUGGAAAUUAUGAAAAAAAGAAAAAUUGUGCAUACAGUUCUUUUCAUUUUUGUCUGCAUAAAUAAUAUUUUAUAGUUUACAGGCAGUGAGGAGUUUCCAGAAAAAUAUUCAGUGAAAUCAAUUUUCUGUAUGCCAUGGAGAGAAAUGAGUUUUCCAUGAGUGAGCUGUUGUUUACACGACCCGUUGUUCCGUGUGUACUGUUCAACCUUUGUUUAUUAUUGAAGUGCUUGGUUUUUACACUGUAUCACACUACAGGUGUCAUGUUUGUAUAGUUUGUACCAUAUGUAAUCAUAUUACUGUAUAGCUUUAUAAUGUUUAAAAAAAAGUUAGCCAUGUAUUGUUUUCUCGUUCAUCCUGGAGAUGAGUUUUCUUUAUAGAACUUUAAUUCUGGGUAUAAUCUUUUUCCACUGUUCCGAUCUUGUGGUGGUGCAUAGUGAUACAUUUUAUCCAUAUCCAGAAUAUAUUUAGGCAGUAGGUGUUAAAAUAUACUUGGUAUCAGUGUAAGGUUGCUUUUAUCCACAUGGACAAAGCAGUUCAUCAACAUGUUAAAUGUAACCUUUCAGGCAUUCAUUGUGACAGACUGUCAGGUAUUAAUGUAGGCCAUCAGACUCAUCAGAAAGCAAAAACAGAUCAAAACAUCUCUGUUUCUUACAGAUUCCUGAUCAAACCGCUUAUAUGAAAGUGGCCUUAUGUUGCUGGUAUGAGGAACUGAGUUUACCUUUUUUUUCCUUUGUUUUUGUUUUUUUUUUUUUUGAAGGGAUUACAUUGGGAUGGGGGGCCCAGUCAUAAGUAUAAAGCUGUUCAUAUAAUAAGGUAUGUGUACUGAUAUACAGACAAGGUGUAACUAAUUCUAAUCAUUACUCUGUAUCUAGUAAAGCAUCUGGUAUUGUUUAAAGGAUUUGUUUGCUGGAAUGAUAAAUCUGAGAAAAUCCCCCAACGUUAAGAUCAGUGUAUUUUAGCUGUAUAUUUUAUUGGUGCUUGUCUUUGUUAGAGGCAAACAUAUAACUGCUGCCAUCAGUAUGUCACCUCUAUCACCAUGGUAUUGUGACUAGUGAUACCACUAUCACCAUGGUGUUAUUGUGACUAGUGAUACCACUGUCACCAUGGUGUUAUUGUGACUAGUGAUACCACUAUCACCAUGGUAUUGUGACUAGUGAUACCACUGUCACCAUGGUGUUAUUGUGACUAGUGGUACCACUGUCACCAUGGUGUUAUUGUGACUAGUGAUACCACUGUCACCAUGGUGGUAUUGUGACUAGUGAUACCACUGUCACCGUGGUGUUAUUGUGACUAGUGGUACCACUGUCACCAUGGUGUUAUUGUGACUAGUGGUACCACUGUCACCAUGGUGUUAUUGUGACUAGUGAUACCACUGUCACCAUGGUGUUAUUGUGACUAGUGGUACCACUGUCACCAUGGUGUUAUUGUGACUAGUGAUACCACUGUCACCAUGGUGUUAUUGUGACUAGUGAUACCACUGUCACCAUGGUGUUAUUGUGACUAGAGAUACCAUUAUGAUUUUUAACUGUAGUUUAGAUCAAUGAUAUAUUUUAAGAAAAUUAAUCAUUUACUUUUUUUGUUGUUGUUGCCUGUCUUGAUGACUGGCAUUUAAAGAAAAUCUUGAAAAUAAUCAUGGCAUAUUGACAUGGCAGUUGGUUUAUAUGAUUUAGCCACUGGAAUGCAGUGUUCAGUUGGCACAAUUUCAGACAUGUUGCUUUCAAACAAUCAUUGGGGAGAUUGUAUAGGUAAAUAAUAUCAUGUAACAUACAAUUAACUUCAGCUCUUUAUUUAAUAAAAUGAUACUUGCUAA